AGAUUAAACGACAUUAACAUACCGUAACAUUUUCUCUUUUUAUUCGUAUUUUGUAGAUUUUAGAAGUUCAAAAUGGGCAAAGGUUACAAUAACUACAUGACCAAGAAGUUCUUUCAUCCUUCAAGUAAAGAAAAUCUUAAAAGAGUAUGGAUGGCUGAACAGAAAUCAGUUUUUGAAAAGAAGAAACAAGAAGACAUGUUGGCACAAUAUCAAAAAGAACAGGACCAACUGAGUAACAGAGCCUUAUUGGGGGAUGAAAAGGCAAAAAUGGGUUUAAGUUUUUUAUAUGAUGCUCCACCAGGCUUGAAGAGAAAAGAGAAAGAUGAAGGGGAAGAUGAUGUGAAGUUUGAGUGGCAGAGAAAAUUUAAUGCUCCUAGGGAAUCAUAUGCUAAGGGAGAUGAAGAUAUUAAAGAUCAACCGUUUGGUAUUGAAGUCAGAAAUGUUAGAUGUAUCAAAUGUAGACAGUGGGGUCAUGUUAAUACAGAUAAAAUUUGUCCUUUUUUUGGCCAAAAUCUGACAGCAGAACCACCAAAACCUGAAACCAGUACAUCCUCUUUAAUCAACAGUUUAAAAGAUGAUGGUUUUUCUAUGAAGAAAAGUGUUCGUGGACAGUUUAUGGAGGAAAGUGGAAGUGGAAGUAAAUUAAUGAUCAAUAAGAAUGAAACAGAUGAUCCUGAAAUUCAGUUUCUACAGUCUCUCACUCCAAAACAGAAGAAAAAAUUACUUAA